UCUUCCCAGUCUUUUGGUACUUGUUCCUCAUCCCAAAUCUUAUUGAAGAGAAUGUGGAGUAUCCUUGAGGUUGCCGCUACGUCUGCUUUUAGUGCCUCUGCUGGGAUGUUGUCCGGUCUUGCUGCUUUGCCACUCUUGAUUUGUCUGAUGGCCAUGCUGAUUUCUUCAAUUGUUGGUGGGCCAACAUUGAUUGGGAGGUCCGUGGGUGCUGCUUCGAUGUUGGGUGGGUUCAGUGGAGCUGGUCGAUUCAAGAGUUCUUUGAAGUGUUCUACCCACCUGUUUUGUUGCUCUUCAAUGUUGGUGAUUACCUUGCCUUCCUUGCUUUUCACUGGUCGUUCUGAUUUACGGUGAUUUCCAGACAGUUUCUUUGUUGUGU